AAGGAAGUAGAGGUGGAGAGGGCGUCCAAGUGGUUGGAGGGAAGGCAGAGAUGUGGAUGGAGCUGAUGAUAUCCCAUUGGUCCGAAAUCUAUCCUCUCCUCCACUCAGAUUUCCCUUACAGAUUUUCCUUUGCUCCACGCGUAUAUGCAUGGCUCCUACUUAGCAACCCAGUCCCAGCAAUAUACUACUAAUUGGCUUUCCUUCCAACUACCUAAGCUAGCUUGCAAUCUUUUAAAUAUAUUAUUAAUCUAUACCCUUCUGCACAUCCAUCUUCCGAUCACCGUCGAUCGAUCGAAACAGGAUGGCCGCCACAUCUGCCGCCGUACUGGGCUCUCCCUCUUUCUUGUCCGGCGGGUCCAAGGCUACCCACAAACUCCUCUCCGCCACCGGCAUGCCAUCCAAACUUGGCGGCCCUUCUGUUACUCAUCCUAGGAGGCAGCUCAAAGUGACGGCCGCCGCCGUUCCCAAGAAGAAAUCUUGGAUCCCCGGCGUCCGAGGCGGCGGCAACCUCAUUGAUCCCGAGUGGCUCGAUGGCUCACUUCCAGGAGACUACGGGUUUGACCCGUUGGGGCUGGGGAAGGACCCGGCCUUCCUGAAGUGGUACAGAGAAGCGGAGCUGAUCCACGGGCGAUGGGCGAUGGCGGCGGUGGUGGGGAUAUUCGUGGGGCAGGCGUGGAGCGGUAUCCCGUGGUUCGAGGCGGGUGCGGACCCAGGGGCCAUCGCGCCCUUCUCGUUCGGGACGCUGCUGGGCACCCAGCUGCUGCUGAUGGGCUGGGUGGAGAGCAAGCGGUGGGUGGACUUCUUCAACCCGGAGUCGCAGUCGGUGGAGUGGGCCACCCCCUGGUCCCGCACCGCCGAGAACUUCGCCAACGCCACCGGAGACCAGGGUUACCCCGGCGGCAAGUUCUUCGACCCCUUGGGCUUCGCCGGCACCAUCAGGGACGGCGUUUACAUUCCCGACACCGACAAGCUGGAGAGACUGAAGGUGGCGGAGAUUAAGCACGCCCGGCUCGCCAUGUUGGCCAUGUUGAUUUUUUACUUUGAGGCGGGCCAAGGGAAGACCCCCCUUGGAGCUCUUGGCUUGUAAUUUGUAAAUUAUUUUGAUUUUUGCACGCCUACUUCUCAUUUCAAUGUGGAUUAAUAUUAUAUACUUGAUUAUAAAUUUCGAAA